AUGACACAAGCCCCAUCUAAUACAACCAUUUUCACCACCCAAGACUACCGCGGUGCCACAAUCGAAGACCUCAACAUCCCGCUCGCAAUAUCCACCAACCCUACAUCAUCGAUAUACGAUGCCAUUGAAAUUGGUUACGAAUAUGAAUUUACUUAUCUACCAGUAAUACACGAGUUGAAUAAACGGUUAUUGGGCGUAGUCAACUUGGAGCAAUUCAAAGCCAACUCACCUUCUUCAGAUUCCCCCAGUGCUGAUCUGUUGAAAGAACCUAUUGUGUUUAAUUAUAUGUUGUGGUUCAACCCAUCAACCAAGCGGAAAUACGAACAGGUGAUUUUGCAAAAGAACCCCAAGGGUGGUAAUGGCACUAAUGGUGUCGGAAACACCACACCAAAGACAAAGAUUUUGAAGCCGAGAGGUAAGAGAUAUAGCGUCUUGACUCCAUAUAGUCCCUUAGAAGACUUAGCUUCGUUUUUCAAUAGGGGCAAUUAUUUCGCCAUCAUUACUAAUGAUCUGGGAAAUUUUGUAUAUGGUGUCGUGACUCCCCAGGAUUUACUGAAGUAUGAACAAAGUCGACCAAAAUUGUAA